UGCAGCCGAGCUCAUUGGCACAGAAUUUAGCAUAGGCUGUGACGUGCCAGACUACUCGAUCUUAUUACCAAUCGGUGUGGCAGUUCUUCCUCCUUCCAACCCAUAGAAAACUUUACUUUCCACUACUUUUUCCAGAAUUUCAGUAAACCCUAUUUCUCUCAGCAAAUAUAGAGCAGUCCUAACCACAGAAAACACCAACAGCGUACAGAAACCAUGAACCAGAAGAUUGAGGAGUACAAAGCAUAAUACGUAUUCUCUUUCCCGGGCACUAGCAAUUAGCAGCUAUGACACUAGUUAGUCGGAGUUUCCUAUGAUUUUCCUUAAAAUGUUGUGCACACUGAGAAUCAAGAGAAAUGGGCAGCAGUGGAGGCAAAAAGGAAACAAAGAAUGCGAAAGAGAAACAAACAACGACGGGAGAAAAGGAAACAGAAGCUACUUUGCAACUGAACACUCGUCUAGAUGUUUUUCCUGCUGCCCCGCCAUUCUUGAUACCUUCCCCGUGUUUCUGGAGCAGCUCGCUAGUUGAUUUUCAGCAGCCUCUGGACUUAUUCCCCAAUAUUCCCUUCAAUUCCUGCUCCCUGAAUUUCCCCCAAUUUGAACAGAGAAAUAACUCAUCAGCGAAGAAGAUGGAUUUUUCAGCAGGCGUAAUAUGAACUUCAAGGAAGGGAAUCGAACUAACUGAAAGGACAAAAAGGAGUCAGUAGCGAAGCAGAAUCCAACCAUGGUUUUGUUUCCCUCGAUAAACGAAGAAAUGGAGAGGGUCGACGGGGAAGAAGACGGCCGGCGUACCUGGAUCAACGAAAACUAGGGUUCCGAAGCUCAGCGGCGUAGUGGUGAAUAUCUGCUCUCAGCUUCCCGAGCUCGAUCUGCUUUCACCCUUUGAUUCGGAAAUCCUUCUCCUCGAAACCGAUCCUGACUUCACCAGUCGAUGGAAGGAAGAAGGAGAGAAUCUGUUCAUUUACAUGAUCUAGUGAUGACUGAUGAGUUAAGUAAUUGGGCCCGCGGCCCCGAACAAACUCCGCCCAACGCAGCGCCGUACAAGUCCGAGCCCAAGAUGGAAAAGGUCAAUGAAACGCAAAAGGAAAAUAAUAUAUCAGGGAAGGGAGGGGCGAGACUGAAUCAUCCGGCGGCAGCAAACCAACCAAACCAAUGUCGUCGCCGUCGAGGGAACUUCCGGACGAAUUAGUGUUGAAGAUUAUUUCCCAUCUGGGUACGGUGAAUGAAAUCGUAAGAUGCAGCAGCCUGUUGUCUAAACGAUGGAGGAACACAUGGCGAUCGAUCGGCGGCGGGGUUCUGGAAUUCCACAAGUCCGACGAGUUACGGUGUACGAACUGUAAGGAACAGUACCGCUUCGCAAAUCUGAUCGACCAAGCCCUGACUUCGCUCGCUGAUCGUCAAAACUUGGACGGCUUGAGAAUAGGGUUCAACUUGUGUGGGAUGACAGAGGAAGCUUGGAGGUGGGUGGAAUUCGGGUUAACCAAAAGAGCAAAAGAACUGACGCUGAUGUCCUACUGCUACAAUUGGGCCACUUUCCCUCUCUUUACCCCUGAGUUCCUGGCCGGACACGACCUCAGCCGCCUCCAAAUCUUGGAAUUCAAGGGCAUUGCCAAGAUUGAUCCAGCAGCUAUCGCCUACAUCCUCUCUCGCAACUGUCCGUCACUGAGACGCUUUGCUCUACGCGAUUGCAGAUUCAGUGGAGGAGAAACAGUGGUUAUCAGAGUAUGCUCGAGCAACAACCUGGAGAUGCUGAGCUUGGAGUUUAAAGGACAGGAUUGUAACGUUAGGAUUGAGCUCAGCUCUGCUCCGAGUCUUCGUACUUUCAAGUUCCACGGAGCAAGUGCCUCACAUGUCGAAUUUGGGAACCACCUUCCUCGACUCCGGGAAGCAUGGUUUGGUGGGCAAUGGAUCCUCGAUGCCAGCUUCUGCCGCUACCUCCCAUUGUCGAGCUUUCAGUUCCACAUGUUCGCACCGCGACUGGACCGCCUUGGGCUCGAACUCGGGAUUAAUAACCUUCGCCUCCCUCCGCCAGAGUGGUUGUUGUUUGAAAAGCUCAGGGUGCUGGAUCUGUUCAUACAUAUAGAUCGUUGCGCUCUGGAGAAUUUGUUUGCUUCCACCGACCUGCUGAUGGCAGCUCCGGUGUUGCACCAACUGUCAAUACAUUUCAUCAAUGGUUUCGAUUCAGUACAAUGGGAGAGCGAAAACUCGAGUGCGCCAGAGUCGUCGACAUGGAAGCACCACUCUCUGGAGGUGCUUCAGCUGCAUGGGGUGCACCGGCUCUGUGCAUCUUAUGUUACUCCUUGCAGAAUCCAACUUGAACUUGCUGCCUACAUCAUCACGAACACGCCUUCUUUGAACCAAGUACUUAUCGACACCCGCGACCAAUGCUUAAUUAGUUCUUCCGUAGCUGAAUACAGAGAUCUUGAUCAGGUUGAAGGAGAUAUCUGUGAAGCCAAGAUGGAAAUGGAAACCCAGCUUCAAGGCCGCUCUGCUAGCUCCAAGAUUCACUUCACUUAUCGAUAAUAACAGUUGUACAAAUAUGAAAGAAGCUGAUUUUUCAUCAUGCAAAUGACACAAUAAUUUUGAUCACUUUAU